AUGGUGGUCGCCGGCGACAGGCUGGGGCACUUCUCGGGCAGCAGGGCUGUGCGCGCUCCGGAGGAGGGGGGCUCAGCUGAAGCCGAGGCGGAGGACAGGUGCUCGGUCUCUGGGACCGAGGAAGCAGUCACUCGCUGCAUCCCAGCUCCCCACCUCCCUGGCCUGCCUGUCCCUCCCUCGGACUCCACCCCUCUGGAAGGGGCCAGGAACGAACCAGAUGUUUAUGAAACCAGCGACCUACCUGAGGAUGAUCAAGCGGAGUUUGAUGCGGAGGAGCUGACGAGCACAAGUGUGGAGCACAUCAUUGUCAAUCCCAAUGCUGCCUAUGACAAGUUCAAAGACAAGAGAGUGGGGACAAAGGGACUUGAUUUCUCAGAUCGUAUUGGAAAAACCAAGAGAACAGGAUAUGAAUCUGGAGAAUAUGAGAUGCUUGGAGAGGGUCUGGGAGUGAAGGAGACCCCACAGCAAAAGUACCAGCGACUACUGCAUGAGGUCCAAGAGCUGACAACUGAAGUUGAGAAAAUCAAGACAACGGUGAAGGAGGCGGCCACUGAAGAGAAGCUGACCCCCGUGGUACUGGCUAAACAGCUAGCAGCCCUGAAGCAGCAGCUCGUUGCUUCCCACCUAGAGAAGCUGCUGGGACCAGAUGCGGCGAUCAACCUCACUGACCCCGAUGGAGCUCUGGCUAAGCGCCUACUGCUGCAGCUGGAAGCAACAAAAAACAGCAAAGGAGCUGGUUCAGGGGGAAAGACCACCAGUGGGACCCCUGCAGAUAGUAGCCUUGUCACUUACGAACUACAUUCUCGGCCCGAACAGGACAAAUUCUCUCAAGCUGCCAAAGUUGCAGAACUUGAGAAGCGCCUGACAGAGCUGGAAGCGACCGUCCGCUGUGACCAGGAUGCUCAGAAUCCCCUUUCAGCAGGUCUACAGGGAGCCUCUCUUAUGGAGACUGUAGAGCUGUUGCAAGCAAAGGUGAACGCCCUGGACCUUGCAGUUUUGGACCAAGUGGAGGCUCGGCUACAGAGUGUCCUGGGAAAGGUGAAUGAGAUUGCCAAGCAUAAAGCUUCUGUAGAGGAUGCAGAUACACAAAGCAAGGUGCAUCAGCUAUAUGAAACCAUACAGCGCUGGAGCCCCAUCGCCUCCACCCUUCCAGAGCUGGUGCAGAGACUUGUCACCAUCAAGCAGCUGCAUGAGCAAGCCAUGCAGUUUGGUCAGCUGCUAACACACUUGGACACCACACAGCAGAUGAUUGCUAGUUCCCUCAAGGACAACACCACCCUCUUGACCCAGGUGCAGACCACCAUGCGUGAAAACCUGUCCACGGUUGAGGGGAAUUUUGCCAACAUUGAUGAACGGAUGAAGAAACUGGGAAAGUGAGCACCUUUAAAAGAUGCGGAACAGGGGUAAUCCCUACCCCUUUGAACUCUGUUAACAGCUUAUAUAGGGUUUCUCCUUCAUUAUAACUCUCACAUCCCCAUCCCAUUUGACACUGGGGGCAAGGGGUUCUUCUUGCAUGUGGGGUUUACACCCCUCCUCUGAUGAAUACAGACUGGUAGUGGGGGGGGAGGGACAUGACACUGUGGUCUCCCCUCAGGCCUCGGGGACACGGGCCCAGCCACAUGCCAGCUCCUGUCCAGUACUGCUUUGCCUGGGGUGGGGAAGGAUUGGGCCCGGUCCUCCAGCACAGCUCCUGUGGCUGGUUGUAAUACUGUACAACUGUUUCUGACCAUUAAAUGCCGUU